AUGUUCCAGGAAGUACACCGAUUGCAAGUGCCCGAAGCGAUGGUUGUCCCAGCGGAAGUGCACUUCUAUUUCCAUCAACUGGAACGCCGGUACAGUGUAGCGGUACCGGGCAAGGUUCUUGUCCAAGUGGUUAUCGGUGCCAAAAGAAUACGAAAACUGGAAGCUAUCAGUGCUGUACUCAUUGGAACCUGUGCCGCUGGAGAGAAAGAUCCAUCCGCCUAUGCUCCAGAAUCUUCGAAAUAUGACAUAUUUUCCCAAUUUUUGUUGGCUUUUUGUGAAUAUCUGCAACUUCUCAAGGUUAAAAUACUGAGAAGGGUGCCAAUGAGGUGGGAGGAUUUUUUUCCCUACACCAGUUUCUUUGGUUCUCGAGUCAAACCAGUGAUGCCAUGCCCUGGAGGCCAAUUCCAAGUGAGGCGCUACAUCAAUGGUCAAAUUUUGGAACGCUGCGAAGACCAGUGUCCACCUUAUCACUAUGCAGUCAAUGGUAUUUGCAAAGAACUUGCAUAA